GCCUAGUCGGGUACCAUGGUUGACUGUAAACAAGUCAAGAACAAAUUCGAUUCGAAAUGGCAGGCAUACGAAGUCCGAAGGAACUAAAAACCAUGAUUUCAGCAAGCAAGCAGGAUGUGGAGGUAAUGAAUGCCAGUCUGGACAAACUGAAGCGCUUGACGCAUGAGGACAAGACGGAAGCCGCCAUGCUACGGUCACGUAUCGAUGAGCAGGGGCAGCUGAUCUGCAUUCUGAAGCAGCGAGCGGAUGAGUCGCUUCUCAAGGCCCAGACCCUGGACCGGAUCAACAGAGAGCUGGAGAAGUUCCGGGAGCAUGCCCAGGAGAUGCUGGAAGGAGAGAUCAAGAAGUUCAACAUGGUGGAUCGCAGGUUUCAAGAGUUGGCCGAGAACCAUGAGGAAAUGAUCAGGUUCAAAGAUGAGUACAAGAGGCAGAAUGAGAUCCUGAGGACAGAGAAUCAAAGGCUCCGAGAAGACAAUGGCAACCUCUUCUCAGGAGCGAUAGAGGAGCGGGAUCAGAAGAUUAAGGAACAACAGAAGGACCUCAAACUCCUGAAGGGACAGGGUAGAGACAUGGAAAGAAGAUGCAGUUUGCUACAGGAAGAAAUGACUGAGAAGGAAAGACAGCACAUAGAGAUUGCAAAGAGCCUGGAAAAGGAGCUGAAAUCUGCUAAGAAUCAAAUGAAAGAGGUGCUGGCACAACUUAAGCAAGAGAGGGACAGUAAGAUGGCUACGGAUUCUAGCAAUACCAUGAGGUUGGAGAAACUUAGCAGGGAGAGACAAGAGUUCUUAGAUCUUUCAAUGCAGAGAGGGAAAUUAAUUCAGGACAAACAGCGAGAGAUCAAACAGAUGGUGGACAAAGUUAAGGAAGCAGAGAAGGCUCUUCAUAAAAUGGAGGAGAAAUUUGAGAGAGAGGCUGCUCUUGUAUCAACCAAUCUACAAGUCAUCAGAUUAAAGGAUCAGAGAGAUGAAGCAGAGAAGGAUCUCUCAGGGCUCAAAAUGGAGUAUGCAGCCUAUAAGAAGCACACUGCAAACUUGUUAGCCAAGGAGAAGACGCUCAAUUCAAAACUCAGGAAUCUAUGCUCAUGAUCACCACCAGAGACGCCUUUCACAUGAAGAGGAAAUUUGUGUACACCAAUGUUUAUAAAAGCAAACAAAGCACUGUGACUGCAAAUUGCAAAGUGGGUGUACACACGAGAUACAUAUAUCGUCAGCCUCGCAAGCACCUUUGAGUAUAGGCUACUAGAUAUAUGGCAGUCUAAAAAAUAAUGGAUUGAAUCUGAUCGCAUUGGAUGGUUAUUCACUGCUGUGUACAAGCGUGUGACAAAUGAAUUCUUUCUAUAUAGAGUUGACUCUUUCCAUUCAUACCAAGUUGUGAGGUAUGCCAACCAAAUAUGAACUAAUUGCAUGGUGCAAAUAAUGAGUUUGCAUAAACUUCAAAUAUUAUUUUGGUACAACAUACAUGUAUGAGUCUUUCAUCAAUUAAAGGUAAUACAAAGUUUUGGGAAAU